AUGGACGACAUAUUCAUUCAGCCGGAGGACCUCCGUCCCUCUGUCGAAGAACCCGAGGAUGGUUCAAGCUUGGAGCCCGACUCCGACACUGAUUCUGAUGCCGACGCAUCAAUAAAAUCAACCAACUCGUACUCCUCACGCAACCUCCAAGUAACAAUGGAAAAUAACCGCCGCUACGCCGACGACUCUUACUUCAUGCCCAACGACGAGUCCGAACUAACACGCCUCAACAUCGUCCACCAAAUCUACUUAAUCCUCCUAGACGGCCGCCUGACGACCGCCCCACUACAAAUGGAACGGCCUCGCAUUCUCGACAUCGGCACCGGACCCGGCGACUGGGCCAUUGGAAUGAGCGCCGAGCAUCCAAAUGCCCAAAUCAUAGCCUCAGACAUCGGAGUCUUCGAUUCAGGCCUAGGCCACCUCUCCCUACCAAACGUCGACUUCCAACUCGCAGAUGCCAAAUCGCAAUGGACCUACCACGAACCAUUCGACCUAAUCCACAUCCGCGGCCUCUCCGGCGCCUUUAAUAACUGGCACGCCAUCUACACCCAGGCUCUCGCCCACCUCAAACCCGGCGGAUACAUCGAAGUCGCCGACGCCGAUCCCGCCGGCGAUACGGUUGCAACCGAAGAGCCGUCCCAUCUCCGCACAUACGCCGCAGCCCUCCGCGCCGCAGCAGACGAAACGGGAUACCCCCGCGACCUAAGACAUCUCCGAACAGACGCCCUCUCGGAAGCAGGUUUCGUAGGCGUCCGCGUGCAAGAACGCUCCAUCCCGAUCGGUCUGUGGCCCGAAGACCCCCACGAGAAAACGCUCGGUAAGAUGGCGCUGAUUGCGCUGCUUGAGGGACUUGAGGCGUAUGCGCUACGCACGUUGACUCGUUCUGGGCGCUGGUCGCUUGACGAGGCGAAGGAUUUGUGCGAGAAGGUUAGAGGCGAGUGUGUCUCUGCGAGGGGGCUUACGGCUAGAGUGAGGAUUGUUACGGGAAGGAAGCCUGUUUCUUUUGCGCAGAGGAGGGGGGAGGUUCUUGCGAGGGCUAUGGCUAAGGUUAAGGUACUUAAUGAAGGGCCUGAUUUACCGAAGGAUGAGUAG